AUGGAAGAAACCCAUGGAACUACGUUCAGUAUUCAUCCUGGAUCAACCAAGAUGUAUCAUGACGUCAAAGGAAGAUAUUGGUGGAAUGGGAUGAAAAGAGAUAUUGCACAGUAUAUAGCCAAGUUUUCGACUUGUCAACAACUUAAUGUGGACAUCAACAAACAUAUGGAUUCCUACAACCUUUACCCAUUCCAGAGUGGAAGUGGGCAAGGAAUACCAUGGACUUUAUGCGAAAUUGGCACAGGUGUAUAUGACAAAAUUGUAAGUUUACAUAGAGUUCCUGUAUCAAUUGUAUCUUAUAGAGGUUCAACUUUUACCUCACGGUUCUGGAAGAGCUUGCAAGAAGCCUUAGGGACACAAUUGGAUUUUAGUACUACUUUUCAUCCUCAGAUAGAUGAUUUUGGAGGAAGUUGGGAUACAUAUUUACCCUUAGUGGAGUUCUUAUAUAAUAAUAGUUAUCAUUCGAGCAUUGAGAUGGCUCCUUAUGAGGCUCUAUACGGACGUAGGUGUAGAUCUCCUAUUUGCUGGGAAGAAGUUGGAGAAAGAAAAUUGACGGGAGCGGAGAUUGUACAAGUAUCACCUAUGAAAAGUGUGAUUCGUUUUUGCAAGAAAGGGAAGUUUUCUCCAAGAUAUGUGGGUCCAUAUUUAAUCGUAGAGCGUAUCAGAAAAGUUUCUUAUAAACUGGAACUGCCACCAGACAUGUCACAGAAUGUACAUGGGAGACAGAAGAUAGUAUGCGACAAAAAUAUCCAUACCUAUUUGACCCUGGUGGUCGGAGGAAGCUCCAUUGAGGAGAAAAACGCUGCUCACCAAGAGCAGCUCAUCUGCCCUUACGGGCAAAACUCUGCUUUGGCAGAAUUCUGCCGAAGGGCAGCAGCUCUGGUCUAA